UGCAGCCGGUGCAGCCGCCACUCCCGGGAGCAUGAAGGACCGAACCCAGGAGCUCCGCACGGCCAAGGACAGCGAUGAUGAUGAUGAUGUCACCGUCACCGUGGACCGAGACCGCUUCAUGGAUGAGUUCUUCGAGCAGGUGGAGGAGAUCCGGGGCUUCAUUGACAAGAUUGCAGAGAACGUGGAGGAGGUGAAGCGGAAACACAGCACCAUCCUGGCCUCCCCCAACCCCGAUGAGAAGACGAAGGAAGAGCUGGAGGAGCUGAUGUCGGACAUAAAGAAGACGGCCAACAAAGUCCGCUCCAAGCUCAAGGGCAUUGAGCAGAGCAUCGAGCAGGAGGAAGGCCUGAACCGCUCCUCGGCUGACCUGAGGAUCCGGAAGACACAGCACUCCACACUGUCCCGGAAGUUCGUGGAGGUCAUGUCUGAGUACAACGCCACGCAGUCGGAUUACCGCGAGCGCUGCAAGGGCCGCAUCCAGAGGCAGCUGGAGAUCACCGGCCGGACCACAACCAGCGAGGAGCUGGAGGACAUGCUGGAGAGCGGGAACCCCGCCAUCUUUGCGUCUGGGAUCAUCAUGGACUCCAGCAUCUCCAAGCAGGCUCUGAGUGAGAUAGAGACGCGGCACAGUGAGAUCAUCAAGUUGGAGAACAGCAUCCGCGAGCUGCAUGACAUGUUCAUGGACAUGGCCAUGCUCGUGGAGAGCCAGGGUGAGAUGAUUGACAGAAUCGAGUACAACGUGGAACAUUCAGUGGAUUACGUGGAGAGAGCUGUGUCCGACACCAAGAAGGCCGUGAAGUACCAGAGCAAGGCGCGCCGGAAGAAGAUCAUGAUCAUCAUAUGCUGCGUGAUCCUGGGCAUCGUCAUCGCUUCCACCUUUGGGGGUAUCUUCGGGUAGAAGCUGUUGCACCUGCCGCUCUGCUGUUCCGGAUGGCCCAUUCUGCCGCCACCACCACCACUGCCAAGGAGGCCCCCCUCCCCCGCCCUCCGACCUUCUGGCUCAGAGCUUCCU